AUGAAUUUCUCUCACCUCCUCUCAGGUGUGGCAGCCUCAGAGCUGGCCUUCCUCAAAGAGCCCAGUGAUGUCAUCGCGGCGAGGGACCGCCCACUGAUGCUGGACUGUCAGGUGGAGGGGGAGGGGCCAAUCUCCAUCACCUGGAGACGGAACGGUGUCCCCGUGGCGACCGGCGUCAAGGCGACGGUGCUCGGUAACGGCACGCUGCUCAUCAGAAACUUCUCUAAGAGACGAGGGAGCAACGAGACGGACGCCGGCGAGUACGACUGUGCUGCUCAGAACCGCUACGGCAUGUUGAUCAGCCGCAAGGCCCGGGUCCAGCUUGCAUACCUCCCUAAGUUCCUGUCCCACCCAGAGUCCGUGGCGGUGGAUGAAGGGGGCGUGGCCAGACUCACCUGUCAGGUAAAUGGAAUCCCAGAGGCCAGCAUCACCUGGCAGAGAGACCAAAGCCCACUGAGCACCGAGGACCCCAGGUACACUUUGCUGCCAAACGGCGUGCUGCAGAUCACCAGCGUUAGGCGAACGGACAGCGGUUUGUUUCGCUGCGUCGCCUCCAACAUCGCCAACACUCGAUACAGCCAGGAGGCCCAGCUGUCUGUCACCGUUGCAGGAUCCAGGAUCUACCGGGAACCCGUCAUCCUGUCCGGUCCUCAGAACCUCACCAUCAACGUCCACCAGACCGCCAUCUUGGAAUGCAUCGCCACAGGAAACCCCCGCCCCAUCGUGUCCUGGAGUCGCCUCGACGGGCGGUCCAUUGGCGUGGAGGGGAUCCAGGUGUUGGGAACAGGUAACCUGAUGAUCUCUGAUGCCACGCUGCAGCAUUCAGGAGUUUAUGUUUGUUCAGCAAACAGACCAGGAAGUAGAUCCAGAAGAACCGCGCUGGGACGCCUCGUAGUACAAGCUCCUCCAGAGUUCGUUCAGUGGCCUCAGUCCGUCUCCAGACCAGCAGGAGGCAGCGCCGUGUUUAGCUGCACGGCGUCCGGCGCUCCGGAGCCGCAUCUCAUCUGGUUGAAGAACGGCAAACUGCUGACGCCCAGCGGCAACGUCAAACUCACCAACGGGAACACGACUCUGGCCAUCACCCGUAUCACCCCCGAGGACGGGGCCAUCUAUCAGUGCAUAGCGGAGAACAGCGCCGGCACCAACCAGGCCAGCGCCCGCCUCGCCAUCAGCCAGGAGGGGCCCGAGCUGCCCGAGGCCCCCGCCGGCCUCCAGGCCACGCCCCUCAGCACCAGCAGCCUGCAGCUGACCUGGGAACAGCCCACAGAGCACGUCAGCCAGCAGAUUAUAGGAUACGUCCUGCACAUCAGACGCCUAGGGGAGCCGGACAGCGCGGAGCUGCAGGAAGCCGUCAGUAAGACCACCUUCAGACACGAGUUCAACAACCUGGAAGCAGCCACCACCUACUCCAUCUACCUGAAGGCCUACUCCGCUCUGGGAGGAAGCCAGCAGUCCAGCAGCAUUACCGCCACCACACACGGCGGCGUUCCCAGUCCUCCCAGUUUCUUCACUAAGGUCCUGAACCAGACGGUCAUGCAGGUGUACUGGGAGCUGCCCAGUAAGCCCGGGAAGCUGGAGGGCUUCAGACUGGAAUACCGCGGGGUGUCCAACCCAGACGUCCAGGGUCAGGAGACCUUCCCAGGACACAUCAACACCCACACCAUCUCCCACCUGGAGCCGGCAGCCGUUUAUGAGAUCCAGCUGGUGGCGUUUAACGGGAACGGAGACAGUCCGUCCAACCGCCGCCUUGUGUCUCUGACUGACGGAGGAAACACUGCAGCAGCUGGUCCAAGCUGUAACUGUGAUCAGUCUCACGCCUCCAUGUCGACGCUGCUGGUCGGCGUUCACAGCGGCCUCGCCUGCAUCCUCUGCUGCCUGCUCUUCAUCCUGCUGGGAUACAAACGCAAGUAA